AUGGAUUUGUUCCUUGUGAGUAACCUAAACUCCACUGCACUUGCUCUCUUUUCUCUAACAUUACUGUUAGCUUUCUCUCUGUUUCUCAUUCGUCCCUCCAAAGCCGGUAGUAAUCUGCAAGAACCUCCAAUGGCCUCAGGUGCAUGGCCCAUACUCGGCCAUCUCAUGCUUCUCGGGGGCUCACCAACACCUCACAAGACGUUGGCAGCCAUGGCUGACAAAUAUGGACCCCUCUUCACCAUCAAGCUCGGUUCUAGACGCGCUUUGGUUCUCAGCAACUGGAAAAUGGCGAAGGAAUGUUACACCACAAACGACGUCGUCGUCUCCUCCCGCUCCAAGCUCGUGGCCAUCCAACACGUUGCGUACAACCAAGCAAGUUUUGGGUUCGCACCCUAUGGUCCUUACUGGCGUGAGAUACGGAAGAUUGUGACUGCGUUCCUCUCCGACCGCAAAACGGAGCUUCUGAGCCGCGUUAGGGUUUCUGAGAUUCGAAGUUCUGUCAAAGAGCUCUUUCAUGUUUGGUCGGAGAAGAAGGGGAGAGAUGAGUGUGUUGUGGUUGAGAUGAAGCAGUGGUUCACAGAGUUGGUGUUCAAUAUAGUUUUCCAAACAAUGGCUGGGAAGCGAUUAUUUGGUAAAACAGCAGUGGUUAGUGAGAAAGAUGCAGAGAAGUGCGUGAAGGCUUUGAGGGAGUUCAUGCAGAUGUUGGGAGUGUGCACGGUGGCUGAUGCUGUUCCUGUUCUGAGGUGGAUGAAUUUGGGAGUGAAAGCCAUGAAAGAAACUGCCAAAGAAUUGGAUGUGAUCUUAGAUGAGUGGUUGGUGGAGCACUGCAAAAAGAGGGCUUUAUUUGGUGAAAAGGGUGUUGAAAGAGACGACCAAGACUUCAUGGAUACGAUGCUUUCAGUUCUUGAAGGUGCCACCAUCGAUGGCUUCGAUGCUGCUACUAUAAACAAGGCCACAACAUUGGCGUUGAUCUUGGGUGCCACUGAUACAAGCACAGUCACUCUUACAUGGGUGAUAUGUUUCUUGUUGAAAAAUCCUUUUAUAUUAGAAAAGGUAAAAGAAGAGAUCAAUAUUCAGAUUGGGAAAGAGAGAUUCAUAAGUGAGUCAGAUGUGAACAAGUUAGUGUAUCUUCAAGCAGUAGUGAAAGAGACAUUGAGGUUGUAUCCACCAGGACCUCUCUCAGCACCUCGUGAAUUCACACAAGAUUGCAUGUUAGGUGGCUAUCACAUAAAAAAGGGAACUCGAUUAAUCACAAACUUGUGGAAGAUCCAAACUGAUCCUAAUAUUUGGUUAGAUCCCUUGAGGUUCAAACCAGAAAGAUUUAUUACUACUCACAGAGAUGUUGAUGUUAAGGGUCAAAAUUUUGAGUUGUUACCAUUUGGAAGUGGCAGAAGAAUAUGUCCAGGAAUAUCCUUUGGCCUUAACAUGAUUCAUUUAACUCUAGCUAAUUUUUUGCACUCCUAUGAAAUAUUUAAUAAACCUAAUGAAGUUAUUGAUAUGAGAGAAGCCCUUGGAAUGACCAACGAAAAAGCUACACCACUUGAGAUUCUUGUUAAACCUCGUUUGUCUUCAGAGUAUUAUGAAUCCAUGUGA